AUGGAAACAUUUAAGAGGGCAAAGGGUGUCAACUGCAAGACGGAGAAGAUGAUGGAGACUACUCGGAUGCCUGCUUGCAAGAGGUUUGCUCUGUCUACAUACAUCCUUCUGUCUUACUCAUCAUGUGUAACUAUGACCCCCAGUGUUUUUCAGCCAAAGUUAUCGGUCACGGCACCGGUUGGAGCUUCUGUAAUCCUGGAAUGCUACACCACUGCUGAUCCGGUUGUUACCUGGGUGUGGCUCAAACAAAUUCCAGGACAAAAGCUAAACCCUAUAGUUAGCAUAUUUUACCAAAAGAUAAAACUAAGAGGAGAAUUUGUCAAUGACUCAAGGCUAGAAGUGAAAGUUGAUCAGAAUAAAACUGCAUUAAUAUUGACUAAAGUUACAUCCAGAGAUGCUGCCUAUUACCACUGUGUUGUGGAAAUGUAUGAUGAGCUGUACUUUGGAAGUGGUGCUUAUCUGACAGUUAACAAUGCAAAUACAGUUAAAGUCAUCCAGCAUCCAGUGUUGGAGUCACAUCAUGUAGGAGACUCUGUGACUUUGCAUUGCUCAAUAUUUGGCGAGACUUGUGCAGGAGGUCAAAGUGUCUAUUGGCUUAGAUAUGAACCAAAUGAGUCUUAUCCAGGAAUCAUUUACACAGUUGGAGACAGAAGCGAUCAGUGUGAGAAGAACUCUGAAUCCCCUAUACACAACUGUAUGUACACAGUACCCAAAAGGAAGGGAACCAUCUCCAGUGAUGAAAUUUACUAUUGUGGUGUGGUCACAUGUGGGAAGUUAGUCAUUGGAAAUGGAACUAAACUUAAUGCGCAUGUUGAUCAACAGAAAACAGAAACCUAUAUUUUCUCACUGCUUGCCAUUGUAUUAAUGAUAUCUAUAAUAAUGAAUAUUGUCAUGGUGCUGUCAUGGAGAAGAGCUGCUCACAAAGGUGUUGAUCAAGUACAACCUACAGCCCAGACUGCAGACAUGGACACGGAUAAUUAUGCAUCACUGAAGUUCUCUCUACAUCAGCCUACACAGAACAGAAAAAGCCAUGAAGAGGAAACUUGUGUGAUAUAUGCACCUGUUUGUCAUGCAUGAAGUUUGAAACAAGGACUUAAUAAUUCUUAAUUGAAAAAUGUGUUUUUGUCUGCACAUUUUUUACAUAUUUACAUUUGUAGGAAAUUAGCAACUUUGUGGCAGAGUAUAUUUAAAACUGCCAGCAUUCAUCACCAAUAAUAUGUAAGUAUUGUAUGAUGGAAUGUUACAUUUAAUAUGCAGAUUUAAACAUGCCUGCAUUUAUCCACCAAUAAUAUGUAGGACUUUAUAUGUAAAUUAGUUUACCAAUCUUGGCUAUG